AUGUCUGAUAAGCGUCAGAGAAGACUGGGGGUAGUAUCAGAAUGUUAUGAGGAAGAUCCUCCAAAGUCCACAUUUAAUUCUUUGGAUUGGGAUUCUCCGUCGGCUAAAACCGGAACUGUGAAGAAAAGACCCUUGUCAAGCGAGUCCUUUCUUGAUACCAAAUGGAAAACAUCGCAACCAUCUCAGAUAGAUCAAACUCUUAUUUCGACUGGCAAUGAUAUGUACAAAGUACAAAGAAAUCCCCAACGUACUACAUACAAUUUAACGUCAGAUGUGCCAAAACGAAAAAAUGUUACAGAAUCAUCGCAACACGACUUUAUUCUUGCCGAAGUACCAAAAAAUAGGCGCGCAUCUGAAACUCUAGUUACAAACCCAAGACGAAUUAAAGUCCUCAGCCUCGACGUCCCUAAUUCUCAAAUCAGAUACUCUCCAGAGUCUGCUCUAGAUAAAUACGAACUUUAUCCAGAAAGUAGACGAAGUAUUGGCACUUCAGCAAGAAACUCAAUCCCGCAGUGUGUGUCCAGUAAAAUACCUUUGAAUAAGAAAUUUACGGACUUUAAUAUAGGCAGGCCGUCAGACUUCAGCAGUCCUCGAAGAGAAAAUCAAAAUCAAACAACCGGCCAGGAACAACAAGAAAACUGCCGUUUAAGAAAUCUAACCAAACUAAACUACCCCUUUCAUCCCUCGGGCGGGGCUUUGCCGCUCGAAAAUCGAGGAAAAUGCGAGAAAUACAAGAAAAUUCUGACUCUAAACGGGGAUUUUCGUCGAGAAAAAGAAAUUCUUAUCGAGACAAAUGGCUUAAGGAAGCGGGAAACUUCAGGAAGUUUUCGAGAGGGUGUCGGUAGUAUGCCGGACCAGAACGCCGCCCAAACAGGAAAAGUCUCCUCGGACACAGACUCUGGAAUAGCGUCCCCGCUAUCCCCCGGCUCGGUGUACGGUUUCUUGGGCCAUUUGGAUAAGGUUAACGGCUUUCCUAGAAAGCUUUCUUUGGGAUACACCGGAAGAGACGACGUUCUGAGAAAGAAGAAUUGCUGGUGCGAGGGCGAAAGAGUGCAGGUAAGUGAAUGUGUGUGA